AAGGUGUGUGAGGGAGAGAAAGGGGGCGUGGACCGAAGAAUCAGUCUGCCCUCCGCCUCAGAGCGUCGCCACUUGGGGUCCCAACAGCAUUGGCAUCGUGGCGGAGCCUCGGAAACCAACCUGGCCACCUGGAAAACUUUCUCUUCAGAAAAAAAACAAAACAAAGAAACUCGGCUAACUCUCAUUUUUGCGGCUAUUUUUUCGAAAUUCUUUCCUCAACAAGGACUCAUCCAAACAGGUUAAUUUGUUUGGGGAUUUUUUUUCUACGUAUGGAAAAGUGACUCCUGUUCGAUUUGAAAAAAAAACCCAGACGUGUGAUAACUUUUUUCUUCCCCUGCAUUGAUUGAAAUCCCAAGAAAGAAGAAGAAGAGGCGGAGUCGGAGUCAUUUCCCCCCCAAUUUUUUUUCUUUCUUUCUUUUUUUUUUGGUUAAAAAGGCGAGCAACGGCCGCUUGCUCGGACCCGCCGCCAACAUGAUGAUGAUGUCGCUGAGCAGCAAGCAGCCCUUCUCCGCCAUGGCGCACGCCAGCCUGGCCGAAGCCAAGUACUCGUCGCUGCACUCGGUGGGCAACAACAACAUCUCCACUUCUUCUUCGUCGUCGUCGUCUUCCGCCACCUCCAACGCGGUCUCCUCGUCGUCGUCGGCGUCCUCCUCUUCGGCGUCCUCCUGCGCCUCCUCCCGUCACAGCAGCAUCAUCAGCACCAGCUCGGAGGCGAUGCGGCGCGCCUGCCUCCCAACGCCGCCGAGCAAUAUAUUCGGCGGCUUGGACGAGAGUCUGCUGGCCCGGGCUGAGGCGCUGGCCGCGGUGGACAUCGUGACGCAGAGCAAGAGCCACCUGCACCACCACCACCCGCCGCCGCACCACAGCCCCUUCAAGCCGGACGCCACCUACCACACCAUGAACGCGCUGCCGUGCACGUCGUCGUCGUCGUCUUCGUCCGCCUCCUCGGUGCCCAUCUCGCACCCUUCCGCGCUGGGAGGCGGCGGCGGCGGCGCGGGCGGCCACGGCCACGGCCACGGCCACGGCCACCACCACCAUCACCACCACCACCACCACCACCAGCAGCCGCACCAGGCUCUGGAGGGCGACCUCCUGGACCACAUUACCCCGGGCCUGGCGCUGGGGGCCAUGGCGGGCCCCGACGGCUCGGUGGUGUCCACGCCGGGCCACCCGGCGGCGCACAUGGCGAGCAUGAACCACAUGCACCAGGCGGCGCUGAGCAUGGCGCACGCCCACGGGCUGCCCCCGCACAUGGGGAUGAGCGACGUGGACGCGGACCCGCGCGACCUGGAGGCCUUUGCCGAGCGCUUCAAGCAGCGGCGCAUCAAGCUGGGCGUGACGCAGGCCGACGUGGGCUCGGCGCUGGCCUCGCUCAAAAUCCCCGGCGUGGGCUCGCUGAGCCAGAGCACCAUCUGCAGGUUCGAGUCGCUGACCUUGUCGCACAACAACAUGAUCGCGCUCAAGCCCAUCCUGCAGGCGUGGCUGGAGGAGGCCGAGAAGUCGCACCGCGAGAAGCUCAGCAAGCCCGAGCUUUUCAACGGCGCCGAGAAGAAGCGCAAGCGCACGUCCAUCGCCGCGCCGGAGAAACGCUCGCUCGAGGCCUACUUCGCCAUCCAGCCGCGGCCGUCGUCGGAGAAAAUCGCCGCCAUCGCCGAGAAGCUGGACCUCAAGAAAAACGUGGUGCGCGUCUGGUUUUGCAACCAGCGGCAGAAACAGAAACGGAUGAAGUACUCGGCCUGCGUUUAAAGACCCUUUUCCAUUAACCGGACGCUUUGUAUCAUAAGUUCCUAUUGAUGAAAAGACAACGGCGCGCGCGCGCGCACACAAACAGAUGAAACAAGUUUCAUUUUCGUUAUUUGUGCAUAAGAAGAGAGAGAGAGAAAAAACAAAACAAAAAAAAGACCGCGCGUGGGGGACGAGGAGCCCGUGGAGCGUGCAAGUAAGACUUGAAAAUACUUCAUUCCACCCAGUUUUGAAUUUCACGAAAAGAAAAAAAAACAACAAAAAAAAAAGUGUGAAUCGAACGGGACAGAACGUGGAGCAACUGAGAGCACUUGGGAGUCUUUGCAGGGUCCACGACAGAUGUCAUAACAAUAACAAGAAGAACGAUGACUGCCAAAUAUUCCUCUUUGUGAAUAUGCAUCAUUUACACCUUGGGUUGCUUGUCCAAACGUGCAAUUUAUUCGUAUUCAUUCCACUUGAUUGAGAAAACUCAUCAGGGAUCGGCAGAUUUGAUGAAAUCAUUUCAAGUGUUUUGUUUUUACAAGCCAGCGUGGGCCCGCUGCUCCUUAUGAACUAUUUAUGGAGUGAGGUCAUGUUUACUUCAUUACAUAUUUAUUGGGAUCCCCCCCCCCCCAUCCCCGACACCAUCACCCCCUUUUUUCCUCCAUAUUUGUUUUCCGAGCAAAUUCACAAGUCCCCCCCCACACCCCCACCCCGAUCAUCUAAAGUGGUACAAUCGAUAUAAAUAUAUAUAUAGAUAUUAUUUCCCCCUUUGCUAUUUAUUUAUUUGUACCAAUAUAUUCGUCGUUUUGCUUGUACCAAUCACCUCGUUUGAUGACUUUUGAUUGAUCGCUUCGUGGAAGCAGGAGACCGAAAUGUAAAUAAUGUCAACGAUUGCACAUUUAUUCUAUUCGUGCAGGGUUUCUUUUUUUUUCCUCCUGUAUUUGCGGUUUUAGCUGAAGUAUUUUAUGUUUGAUGUAUGUUGAAUUACUUUGAACGAACAAAAACUCUGCGUUAAAUUAUUAUCCCCCAACCCUUUAUAAUUUAUUCAUGGUAUUUUAUUUAACAAUUGGAAUGUGUCUUUCAUUAAAGAACAAACUUUGCCAUUUUCGAAUGUGGUAACAAAAAAAAACCAUCCAGACAUGCUAAUGUUAUUUUAUAUUUAUUAAUUCGUCUGUUUAUUUAUUGAUAAGGUAGGAGGGGAAACCGCUUUGACACAGCAAUGUGUGCAUGCACAACUCCGAAUACCAAGGAAAUAAAUACAGAAUUGGGCUCCCUA